AUGGCAGAAACUGAAACAAACACACCUGAUCUGGAUAAUUUUGAAACCCUUUCCCUAGACGAUCCGCCUGAUUCAAAUGAAAUUCGUAAAACUUCUGUCUGCACAAAUGAAGAACUUUAUGGUGAUCAGGAUUUAAGUCAGAAAGAGAAUGAAAUCAAAUCAGCUUUAGUACAGCAAACUAAAGAUUUGUAUGAACAAUAUGCUCGGGAACAGUUUCCUAAAGAUCCAGAGAAACAAAAGGCACUGAUAACUGAAAUGCAGGAACAAUAUUUAGAACAUUAUCUCUCCGAAGUUUACAGAUUUCAGAUCAUUCAUCAGCAACAACAACUUCAGCAAUUACGAGCAGUAAAAUCGGCUAUGAAAGAUUCUAACGAUGAGAAUGCUGAGUCUGAGAGAGGUUCUCCAGAGCCUUUACCACUCAUUCCUGCGACGAUAUGGACUCGUAAAGAUAUCACAGAGUUCAAACGAGAAAUUCUUGAUGUACAAAAGGAAUGUUGUAUUAAGAUAAGCUCUUUAGCAACUGCAACAGUACGUGUUCCAACUCAUCCAAAUGGGAAGGCAAUAUGUUGGGAAUUCGCUACAGACAAUUAUGAUUUAGGUUUUGGAUUGUAUUUUGAAUGGGAUUUAGAACCACCUGAAAAUAUUUCUGUUAAUAUUUCGGAAUCAAGUGAUGAGGAAGGCGGUGAAGAUGAGGAUGAAGAAAGACCUAAUGAUGAAAAUUCCGUGGAGCAAGCAUCAACCAAAAGUGGAAUUAAAGAAUCUCAUGAUUUGGAAUUGGGCAAAAAGUCAUCACAACAGCGUUUACCUACUGAUGAACUUAUACCAAUCUAUAGAAGAGAUAGUCAUACGGAAGUUUAUUGUGGUAGCCAUCAGUAUCCUGGUGUUGGUGUGUAUGUCUUCAAAUUCGACAAUUCAUUUUCCCUCUGGCGUUCUAAGUGGCUGUAUUACCGCAUCUUCUAUACGCAUUGA